CUCCUUGCCUCAUCGAAUCAGCGCUUCGACGCCCCCCUCCCUCCUCCGCCAGACACACUACUCACUCACGCUUGGAUCUCGAAGCCGUCUCAGUUCCCCUCACACUCACUCAUUGACUCACUCACUCACUCACUCACUCGCUUUCACUUCGUUUCCUCUGCCGCUCCAUACCACAACCAUCAACGUCUCCUAGCGACGACGACCCUCGAUCCCAUCAAGCUCUUCAUUUGCGCAUCACCUCUCCUCUCAUUCCUUCAUCACAUCACAGCGAGCGCUCGACUUUAGCUCACCACCUUCAUUCCUUGGCCACCCUCUCGCACUCAAAGGCCCCUGUCCCCCUUGGUCUCUCAAUCUGCUCACUUUAAUUCCCCAUUCUCUCACUGGGCCUCCUGCACCACUCCACCACUUCCUCUCCUCAACGUCCUCGACCCGUCGUCCCUUUAGCUGCCUAACAGCAAGGACGUCUCUAUCGAGUCUGGCCUUGACAUUGCUCCAUGUUUCAAGGGCAUCGCGUCGCAGGAUCAUCCACAUCCACGGCGUCAGCCUUUCAACCCUCAAACGACCAGCCUCAGCGAGAGUCUCGCAUUCACUCCAUCUACGAAAAGUACCUCUACGACCCUAAGGACCUCCAGUCCACUGAUCCUGUAAUUCGCCAACUCGCUCGCAAACACUCUCAGCGUCAACAACACAACAGAAUGCCGUCCGCAGCAAAGAAGCGUCAGAGCGCCGUGGGCUUCGCACAAGGUACCAAGGGCGAUGGACCUAGCAGCAACGCCAACGCCAACGGGAAGCCGCGCAAUUCGACUGGCUCUGCCUAUGAGGGCUUCGGCGCACUCAUGGACGAGUACUCUGACUCGGACGACUCAGACAACGAGGCCCCUAGGCCUGACCGCGCCGGGGCUUCACAGCAGAGGGGAGCCGUGAGGGAGAGCUGGAGCGCAAGGGCCCAGGCUGUGGGAGAGAGGCCUCCGGACAGUGCUUCUCAGAACCCGCCCACUCUCAAGCUGCUUGGCCUCAAAAGUCAGCGUGAAGGUGGGCAACCUCUGGGUCGACCCAAUAAUGGUCCAGCUACCCUUGUGUCGCCGUCGUACCAGCGAGAACGCGCUCCAAGCCCAGCAUUCGAGAUGCUUUCCGAGGUCAAUGAGCCUCGCGCUCAGCCAGUCGCUCGUCACGGCAUCAACGAGCAAAGCGUCAGCGAGUACGGUGACGGCGGUUCCAGGGUUGGCAGCACCAUCGACUUCACCGGCCAGGGCAGCGAUGGCUUUGGAGGCGCGCCCGUCGUGCAAUCUCAAGUUCCACCGCAAUCGCAGUCGCGUCAGAUGCAGCAGCAGCAGCCAGCUCGAGGCCCAGUCUCGCCACCGCGUGCAGUGAACAACGGCCUCCAACCCUCAAGCGCCUCCAACCCUCGCAAAGCAUUGACUGCCCAGCUCGGCCUUGACACGCCCCUGCCGAGUAAGCCUGCGAGCCCUUCAAAUGGCCCUCAGGGUGAUUACUUCUCAGCGAGGGGCAACGGUGGCAAUCACGAGGUCGAACUGUCAAGGGAUGACCCCUUCAACACAACGCCGCGCUCACCACAAGCGGCCAUGGUCCGUGGGCCCCCGUCCUCAUCUUCGUCCUUCGGAGCCUCGAGCCCCACCGAGAAGACAAAUCCCUUCGGCAGCGGAGAUUCACCUCCUGGUCGCAUGCUUGUAGCUGGCCCUGGCCCUCAGGGAUACGGUCCUCGAUCUCCCACGUCGCCGAUGCGUCCAGAGGCACCGCUGAUCGCCCAGCAGCAAGGUUACAAUCGCGGUCCUCCGCAGCCCAUCUUGCGAAACGGCAACGAUGUUUCUCCCAUGGCCAUGCCCCGACCUCAGCCUGCUCCUGGUCCGGGCUUCUCUCAGCAAGCACCGCCUCAGAAGCGUCAGUCCGUAUUCCGUCGCAGCAUGGCCUUCGUCACUGGCGGCGGUGGCGAACCUUCAUGGCAGCAGCAGCAACAGCAGCAGCAGCAGCAGCAAGGCUACCAGCAGGGUCCUGGCGGGAACAAGCGCCAGAGCAUCUUCCGCCGCUCCAUGGCCUUCCUGAGCGGCAAGCCUGCCCCCGCUCCAGCACCCGCACCUGAGCCCCUCGAGGAGAACCACGCCCCACCGCGCAACCGCGGAUUCGACAAUGAGAAGGAGAUGAUCUCUCGUCGCAGCCAAUACCUCGGCGGCGGGCACAAGGGCGAUGAGUGGGACGUGAAUGGCGCUGGCGCCAACUUCUGGCGACGCUUCAAUGAGGCGCAACGCCAUGCAAACCCGAAUGACAAGAUGGAAAUGACCUCCCGGCGAUACACGGAGAAGGCUAUUACACGUCGCAAGUUGAGCUUGUGGCUCUCCGGCCUGGGUGGGGUGUUGAUCAUCGCAGCGGUCAUUGGCAUCGUGAUCUGGCGAGAGGGCAAGGCAUCCAACGAUAAUGGGAACCCGGGGUCGAUCAAUAAGGGCGACUUUGGUGGGACUCACAUCAUGCAGCGCAGUGAGCCUACGCCCGUCGCCGCUGUUGUCGCUGCCCGCGAGAGCGUUGAGCGCGAUGACAAUGGCGACGUGUGGGCUACUGCGAGGGUCGUUGAGGAGCGAGCACAUCCCCUUCCGAGGUCGACGGCUGUGCCGCAGCUCAGCAAGAGGCAGAUCAUGCGACGACACGCUCAGCGCCAUGCGAUUAGGGACGAGUAGGAGGACGCAUCGCAGCAUUAGAGCAUAGCAAAUACCAUCACUCUCCGACCACUGCAAGGACACUUACCUCUAGGAAAUGCGCCCUUGACGGGCCCCUCCCUCUCAUCGCCGGCAGCUUCCACCAGCGCUGGUGACACAACCUGUAAAUGCCACCCCCUAUCCUCACUUUCGCAUCAUUUGUCGGACCCCAUAGACACCGCCGAAGCGGUUGAGGCAGCGCAGCGCAGCUACGAAGCAGUCACUGGCUGGUCCGCUGCCUCUCGCCUCCCCUCCUGGCCUCACUAGUACCCUUUCGCCUCGCCUCAUCAUUGCAAAAGUCCCAACUACUUGACAUCACGCUCCUUUCAUCACUAGUCUCUCUUUCAUCAAUGGCACACUUUGGGUGCAAGGAAUGCUCAUCUAUUGCUGUAGAUCCAUC